GCCUGACAUAUGAUGGAGGAGACCUACCAAUGGAGAAGCCACGAACGGCAGUAUACUCUGACGAAGUCAACAUUCAUCAAGAGUGAACUCCCUGAGGAUGCACUGCCUACUUCCCAAGUUACUGGGCGAAAAGUUUAUCCCCAAUGGUCUCGUGAGCGUCUCGAAAACGAAGCAGCUACCCUCAAGUUCAUCGCCUCUACAACAUCUAUACCGGUACCCAGAUUUCUCGAACUGUAUGAAGAAAAUGGCUUGCUUCACCUCGUCACUGAGCGUGCCGUAGGCAGUACCCUAGAGGACUUGGCAUCCAAUGCCGCUACCAAACACGUCGCCACCAAACACGUCGCCGAAUGCCUGGAGACGUUUAUCCUACCCCAACUUCACAAGCUACGACAUCACACCACUGGCAGUAUUGAUGCCAACCUACCACUCAUCCCACCAAGCCGAAUAACGUAUCGAGACAAACGGUCGAGUUGGUCACGGAAAACCUCACGCCUAAACGACUUUGUGUUCUGCCAUAAUGACCUUGGUCAACAUAACAUCUUCGUGGAUCCGGAUACUUUCAAUAUCACCGCAAUUAUAGACUGGGAAUUUGCUGGAUACUAUACGACGGAGUUUGAAUAUCCUCUCUGGUUAAGCCCCUACAACGAGCAAGGAACAGAUCAUUUGCAAACCGACCACCUUAUCAAGUUUCUUGACGAUACUAGUGAGUGUCCGAAAGCUGCUGAUACCGAACAAAACCCAGCGUCUGCUGGUUACUCUCGUUUCCACCCUGCAGAAGACCAUGCGGUGUGGGCAGCAAGCUAAAGAGGAAUUGCGGCCGUGGACCUUGCAAAGGUUUGACAUUCCAAAAGUCGCUUGAGUGCGGCUUACUGCGGGCUAUUUCUACAGCGAAUAGUGUCCUUGAAUUGAUUCAGAAGCCGGCCGAUGGCAGGAUGUAGGAGAGGAGUGGAAAGUGGGCAUAUGAGCUUGAUUUUCAUUAGAUUUGCUGUAUAUUGAAUCCGUUAUUCCUAUCAACCCCCAAUACAGGAU